AUGUUAUCACAAAAAGAAUACGAAGAUGCAUUAUGGAAAUCCAAGAACAUUCCAAAAUCAAUAACUGGACAAGCCCAAAAAAAUCUUCAACAAGUAUAUCGGAAAAAGCUUAUGGAACAUUAUUAUGCUUCACAUUAUCCACCAUUUGAACCAUCACCUUAUGAAUUAAUUUUUAUUAACUAUAGAACAACAGAAGAAACAUUAAUUCAAUUAAUUAAAAUUAUUAAAUCAUCUACAGUAUUUAUCAUCGAUACAGAAUCUGUAGGUGUAUACAAAAAACCAAAUAAACCAGCACUUAUUCAAGUACAAAUCGUUACACGUGAAUUAAAUUCAUAUAUAUUACUUAUUGAAGUUCAUCAUUUACCAAGAUCACAUGUUCCAACUUUUUUAUUGAUUCAACAAUUAUUUGAAUUAUUAUUUCAAACAAAAAAUACAAUUUACGUAUGGGGUGAAAUCGAUGAACUAACAAAAUUUACUGAAUUUAAUUUAUUCUCAUAUGAUCAAAUUUAUUUAUCAAAUAAUAUUAAUUUACAAGGUAAAUUCAAAUUAUAUUGGUAUAAACAUCAUCCACAUAUUCAAACAUCAACAACAAAUAAUCAAAGAUGUAUAUGUGAAGGAUGCAUUGGUAUACAAGAGAACAACCCGUGGUCCAUACAAGCUGCAACAGCAUAUGAAUUACACAAAUGGUUAGAUAAACGUCAUACACGUUCACCAUUUGAUAUCGGGUUGGAUCCAAAAUUAAUUAAAUUAAAUUCUAGUGAAUUACAAUAUCGUCAAUUAAUAACUUCAUAUGCUGCAAAUGAUUAUGAAUAUAUGUCAGAUAAUAAUAACGAACAACAACUCCAACAAACAUCACCUGUUGAACAUAAUCCAAUACAUAUUAAAUCUCAACAACAUACUCAACAAUUAACAAAAGAAGAAAGACAUAAAAUACAUAAUCGUACAUGUACUCUUAAACAACGUAAACGAUAUUAUCAACGUGAAAUCCAACGUCGAAAUAUUGAUAAACGAUUUAAAAUUCGAAACAUAAAGAAAAUUCUUCGACAACAUCGAAUAUUAUUUACAGCUGUUAACUUCUCAACAUCCCCUACUACUCAUGAACGUACAUUACAUGUUGGGAUAAAGGAUAUAUCAAAAUUAAAAACAUAUGAAGUUCAAAUAAAAAAUUUAUUUACCACCGAACAUUAUACACAGGUUACAUAUAAAGAACAACAAGUUCAUCGUCGUGAAGAUAAUUAUUGUCGUUGUCGUGAACAUUGUCAUUGUCAUCGUCGUGCAACAAAUAGAUAA